UUCUAAGUGACGGAGGUGGACACACGUGUGGAAAGUGGGCAGCAGCAGCAGGAUCCGUGUUCUCUCUCUCUCGUUGCAGGGACCUCAACGCUUCCUUCCAAUGUCAGGUCAAGGAAAUGCAAGCACGAGGAUUGUUCAGGUGUUUGUGUUGGCUGUGGUGGUCGUGGUGGCCCCAGCAGCGACACAGACCAUGCUGGACCUCCUGUCAAGGAUCACUCAGGACCUGCCUGCCUUGUCCCGCGCCAUCAACACCUCUCCCUACUUCAACCUCUUCCCCAAGAACUCUGCCUUGCUUGCUAGAAGUGGAUCAAGUAAAGAACCUCUCGAGGAAAUCUGUUUUGGGGAGCUUGGUUGUCUGGAGACGACCGCUGACUUCUUCCACCCGUGGUACCGCCCCGUCAAUCUCCAGCCGGAGUCGCGUGAGGCCAUUGGUGUAGUUUAUAGGUUUUACUCGAGCGAGGACCUGAAGGGAGUGAGCGUACCUGCGCUACAACUCCAGAAUAUCCUCAAUUCUUCCUUCAGGCCAAACAGGAAGACAAAAAUCAUUUUGCACGGGUACCUCACUGGCAAAGAUGCUCCGUGGAUGAUGAACAUUGCUCGCGCCUUCCUGCACGUGGCAGACUUCAACGUGGUGAUGAUGGACUGGACUGCCGGGUCGUUGGGGAUGUACGAACAGUCUGUGGCCAACGCCCGGGUGGCCGGCCUGGAAGUGGCCCACCUCAUCCACUGGCUCCAGGACCACACGGGCCACAAACCCCAAGACGUCCACCUCAUCUGUUACUCCCUCGGGGCUCAUGUGUGUGGAUAUGCCGGGGAGCGGGUGUCCGGACUGGGGAGGAUCACCGGACUGGACCCGGCCCAGCCACAGUUCCAGCACAUGCCGGCUAGAGUCCGCCUGGACCCCUCCGACGCCCUCUUUGUCGACGUCAUCCACACCGACACCAUACCCUUCACCUUGUUUGGUGGAUAUGGACUCAGAGAACCACUUGGCCACGUCGACUUUUACCCCAACGACGGUCUCUACCAACCGGGAUGCCAGUCUCCAGUCACCAGGUGGAUGAGUAACAACGACGUCUCCAAAUUUUCAAAAGCGGUUGAGGACGCUCUGGGAUGCAGCCACAUGCGCUCCGCCGCCCUCUUCACAGACUCCAUAAUCUCCCAGUGCUCCUACAUGGCCUUCGCCUGCGACAGCUACCAGAAGUACCAAGCAGGGGAGUGCUUCAGCUGUGGUGAGAACGGCACCAGGUGUGCGCGCAUGGGCAUCCAGGCAGACACCUGGCUUGGCACCCAACCAGUUGGCCAGAUGUUCAUCUCGACUGGGUCGGCGAAUAAACUGUGCUUGUACCACUACCGGCUGAGGCUGGAGCUUGAGAAAGCCGGGGCGAGGAGCCGAGCUGGGAGCAUGAAGCUCUCUUUCUUCACCACAGCCGGUCUCUCCUGGACCUUCACGCUCUCCAUUGAAUCUACGGAUAAGAUCGAUCCUGACCAAGGGUACACCUUCCUGCUUGAACACGACGAGGAACUCGGCGCCAGCGUGUUCGCCAAGCUGACCUGGACGGCCAGGCGGAGCAUCGCCUGCCCCGCCUGUGACGCCAGCCUCCCCGUCUCCAGUCUCUCGCUCCUCAACAUAGAGAAGUCUGCCCAGAGGAAUCUUGGGGACCAUUCGAGUUCCGGUCCAGAGGAGGUUGUCCUGUGCCCUGGUGGCAGACGGGGCGUUCUCCUGUUGGGUUCCGGGGACACCACCAACCUGGAGCAGUCCCCCGGCUGCUACUACUCUGCUUGAUGUCUUCUCGUUGAAUAGCAUCAUCACUCCACUUGGUAUAUCGGCCACCCGUUGACAAGACCAUCACUUCACUUGGUCACAUGUUAAUCAUCUCUUCACGUGAUAUGAAACUUCAAGAACUGAGGUUUCAUGCGUUACUAAAUUUAAUUCUGCAUGAAGCAUAGCGCUACCCACCGUAGCUGCAGCAUAGCGCUACUCACUGUCACUGUAGCUGAAGUUACCAAUAAAUAUGUACAAAACUUUACCAAAUAUAUUAAUGUACAUAAAUACGUAUUUCAGAUUCCUUUUAACAUCUCUAGUUCUUUAUCAUUGUAUAUUUCAAAUAAAAAAUUUCCAUUAGAUUUGAUCUAUAAUUCAAAUUACAUUUCAGAAAGCCUCUUAUAGUUACUGAAAGAAAGCCUAGUAUGGUAAUUUUAAAUUUUGUUAAGCAUGUAAUACUAUUAUAGUGUAUUGAUUUUUGUGGCUUCAUAAAUCAUCAGGUUUAUAUGCGUAUAUCCUUAAUGGUGCUAUAUUAAGAGAUAUAAUCAAGGAGAUAUUGUAUCUCCUUGAGAUAUAAUAUCAAGUACCUCCUUGCUGAGGUUCUCUGAGAACUCCAAAAGUUUACCAUCGUCUAGGGUGCAGAUGAUGAGUCGCAAUAACGUGGCUGAAGAAAUGUUGACCAGACCACACAGUAGAAUAUGAAGGAACGA